AUGUUUUGUCGUAAUCAUAUUCUUAAAAUCUCAAAACGAUGUUAUUCAAACGAAUCUCGAAUAAAUUCAUUUAUUAAAUCAAAAUUAACGACAGCUGAAGAUGUUGCAGAAAAAUUUCCUGAAAAAGUAACAAUAGGAGCAUCUGGUUUUACACCAGCUGGUUAUCCAAAAGUAAUACCCGGUGCAUUUGCACAAAGAAUUAAAAAUUCUAAAAAUCCAGAAAAUUUUUCAAUUAAUUUAUAUACUGGUGCAUCAACCGGUGAUGAACUUGAUGGAGUUUUAGCACGUACAGGACGAUUAAAAUUAAAAAUUCCUUAUCAAUCACAUUCGGAUUUAAGAAAAUUAAUUAAUCAAGGAAAAGUUAAUUUUAUUGAUAUGCAUUUAAGUCAUGUUAGUAGAUAUAUAAGAGAAGGAAUAUUUCCACCAAUUGAUGUUGCUGUUAUUGAAGCUUGUGAUGUUACAUCAGAUGGAAGAAUUUAUUUAACUAAUUCAAGUGGAAUGAGUGGAACUUAUUUAGCUUUAGCUAAAGAUAUUUAUAUUGAAUUAAAUGAAGCACAUCCAUUAGAUAUGAAAGGUCUUCAUGAUAUUUAUUUACCUGAAUUACAUUCAGGAAGACCAAUUAAUAUUGAUUAUGUUGAUGAUAGAAUUGGUACACCAUAUGUUCGUGUUAAUCCUGAAAGAAUAAAAGGAAUUGUUUUAACUAAUAAAUAUGAUUCAUCUCCAGGUUUUAAAAAACCUGAUGAUGCAAGUUUUAAAAUAGCAAAUCAUCUUCUGGAUUUUAUUCUUCAUGAAGUUGAACAUGGAAGAAUUCCAAAACAAUUACUUCCAUUUCAAUCCGGUGUUGGAAAUGUAGCAAAUGCUGUUUUAGCUUGUAUAGCUCGAGAUAAUCGUUUUAAAUCGAUUGAAAUGUAUACAGAAGUAAUACAAGAUUCAAUAUUUGAAUUACUUGAUAGUGAUAAACUUCGUUUUGCAUCAACAACAGCAUUAACUUUUUCUGAAGAAGGACAAAAAAGAUUUCAUAGUCAAUUACAUGAUCUUAAAUCGAAAUUUAUUUUACGUCCUAUGGAAAUAUCAAAUAAUCCUGAAGUUAUUCGUCGUAUGGGUCUUGUUACAAUGAAUACAGCAUUAGAAGCUGAUAUAUAUGGAAAUGUUAAUUCAACACAUGUUCUUGGAUCAGCUAUGAUGAAUGGAAUUGGUGGAAGUGGAGAUUUUACUAGAAAUGCUUAUAUAUCAAUAUUUAUGGCUCCGUCAAUUGCUAAAGGUGGAAAAAUUUCUGCAUUUGUUCCAAUGGUAUCCCAUGUUGAUCAUAAUGAACAUUCAGUUCAAAUAAUGGUUAGUGAACAAGGUUUAGCUGAUUUACGUGCUAAAACUCCAAAAGAACGAGCUCAACUAAUUAUUGAAAAAUGUGCUCAUCCAAUGUAUAAAGAUCAAUUAAAAGAUUAUUUUCAACAUGCCCAACGUGUUUCAUUUGGUUUACAUACACCACAUGAUCUUAAACAAGCUCUUUCAUGGCAUGUUAGAUUACAAGAAACUGGUUCAAUGCAUCCUGAUCAUCAAAAAAUAAAAGAACCAAUAAGUAAAGAUACAGAAAAAGCAGCACGUAAAAUCGAUCAAACAGCAGCACCGAAGAAAUAA